ACAAAUCAAAUUAUUACAUUUUUUGAUGUUGUUGUUGUUGUAAGGAAUAAAUAAUAACGAAAUACUUUUACUUUCGAUUAUAUAUACAUAUAUACACCAACUAUAAACCUUAUUAAGUUACUAAUUUGACGAUUGUCAAGAUAUGUAUGGGUAGAUAUAUAUGUGCAAUGUUUCAAUUUGGAUCCAAUCACUAAGGUGCUACAACGUGAUAUUAAUAUACACUUCUUGACAUAUUAUUUGUGAUCAAUUGUAACAAUCAUUAAUUACUUCAUAUCUCAUUAUCAUUACCAUUCAAUUGGAUUAUUUCACACACAAAUAGUUUUUAGAUCGAGAAAAAACUCGUUCAUAUUGUCAAAAUUGUUUCCUAUAGUUUUUUUUCUCUUAUUCCGCCGAUGUGUGAUUUACUAUCCCAACCACAGCAACAACAACAACAAAGACAACAAAGAACGGGACAGAAAUUAUCGGCUCGACAAUUAAACAAAAAUCAUCAUUUAUCAAUCAUAGAUAAUAAUAGUAACAAUAAUACUACUAUUAGUAAUACUACCAGUACUUCUACUGAAAUGUCAUCAAAUUUAUGUACAAAUUCAAAUCGUUUCAAUAAUUCAAUUAGCAAUGGCAGCCGUUCGUCAAAAUUGAAUCAACAACAACAAAACACACAAAGACCUGAUAUAAAUUCUUUAGUUGAUGACGAUAAUACUACUGAUAGUAUUGGUAGUAAUAACAGUAGUAGUAUAAAGCAUACAUCAUGGUCACCAAGUGAAAGUUCCAAUAAUAAUAAUAAUAAUAAUAUCAAUAAUAACCGGGGAAAUUCUUCUUUAAAAGAUCAAAAUCAUAUUUCCAUAAAUGGGGAUUUACAGCAGCAACAACAAGGAAGAUGUUCAACGAAAAAUGAAGCAUUGAAUCCAUUGUCGGAUAUGAAUAAUCAAUGUCCAAUAAUUGAGCAAAGAUCUAAAACUUCAAUCAGUUUUGAUAGCAUGCAAUCAACACAUAGUAACCAUUCAAAUUCUAUUAAGCAUGAUCAUUGCUCAUUGACCUCAUCGAAAUCACCACCAUUAUCUCCAUCCAAUUCGUCGUCGUCAUCAUCAUCAUCAUCAUCAGUAGCAUCAAAUCAUAGUCUUUCAUUUAGAAAUAAUGAAAAUUCUCAGUGGAACAAUAAUCAUAACAUUCGUAGGGAUGCCACUACUAUUAAUUCUUGUAAUACAAAAUCUCAAGCAGACAUGGUUGAUAAAUCAAAUUCACCAACUGAAGAUAAUUCAUAUAAUGUUAAAUUAUCAAGAUACAAUCAUCAGCAGCACCGACGUCAAUCCAAUAAAUCAAAUUUAUCAUCUUAUUGUAUGUCAUCAGAUCAUGAGAUGAAUUAUGAUGAAGAAUGUCAAAAAAGACAACUCCUAGGUAAAGACUUAGAUGUAGAAGUGAAAAAGUAUAAUGAGGAUGAAGAAGAGGAGAGAGAAGGUGUUGAAUAUAAAAAUGAUUGUGUUGAUGGUGCUGAAGCUAACGAUGAUAUAGACGAUAUUGAUGGUGUUAAUCACGUAGAUCGGAAUAAUGCUAAUGAUGAUAAUAACGAUGACGACGAUGAUGAUGAUAACGAUGAUGACAAUGAUAAUCCCUAUUCAAUUGAUCAACAAACUAACCAUCAUUAUUCAACAUCAUUUCCAACAUUGACUUCAGAUAGUUUAAGUAAUUGUAUAUCACCAAUGUUAGCUGCUGCCGCAAUGGCUGCGUUAACCACUGGUUGUUUUCCAACAUCAUGUAAUCAAUUAAGUCAGUUAAAUUAUUCAUUAUUAUCUAAAUCUUAUGGAAUAUCUCAAUUAUCACCACCACCAACUCCUUUGCAUCCACCACCACCACUAACAUUACAACCACCUGUACCCCCUUCAUCAUCAUCGUCGUCGGCACAUACGCAACGUUCACACAUAACAAAACAACAACAACUAGCAUUUUUGAAUUCAACACCAAACAGAAAUUCAAAGGUGAGCGGUACUCAUCAUCCGCACUCUCAUCAUCAUCACCAACAUAAUAAUUGUAAUAAUAAUAAUGUCAGUAUUAAUAGUCUAUCAUCAGUCGGUUGUAAUUCGUCAUCUCCAAUUCAUUCGAUUCAUUCAAACAAUGAUGGUUAUAAUACAAUUGCUAAUAAUAAAAGUAAUUAUGCAUCUACAUCACCACCACCCCAGCUUUCAUCGAGAUCGAAUAGUCCACAUCAACUGUUGAAUAAUCGAUUAGUUUCAUCAAAUAAUUUAACUUAUUUAUCAUCAAUGGAUGAUGUUGAUGAAGAGAAUGAUGAAAUGGAAAGUGAUGAAGGUGAAGAAGAGAUGGAAGGAGAAGAAAUGGACAAUUCUUCAACCCAUGGUAACAAUCAUCAAUGGACAUUUGAAGAGCAAUUUAAACAAUUAUACGUUAUUUCAGAUGAUCCAAAAAGAAAAGAAUUUCUUGAUGAACUUUUUGUUUAUAUGCAAAGAAGAGAAUUUCAAGUAAUUAUAAAUACUACUACUACUACUACUACUACUACUACUACUACUACUACUACUACUACUACUACUACUACUACUACUACUACUACUACUACUACUACUACUACUACUACUACUACUACUACUACUACUACUACUACUACUACUACUACUACUACUACUACUACUACUACUACUACUACUACUACUACUACUACUACUACUACUACUACUACUACUACUACUACUACUACUACUACUACUACUACUACUACUACUACUACUACUACUACUACUACUACUACUACUACUACUACUACUACUACUACUACUACUACUACUACUACUACUACUACUACUACUACUACUACUACUACUACUACUACUACUACUACUUACGACUGUACACCAGUUAAUCGAAUACCAAUUAUGGCUAAACAAGUUUUGGAUUUAUAUGAACUAUUUCAAUUAGUUGUUGCACGUGGGGGUCUAGUUGAAGUGAUUAAUAAAAAAUUAUGGCGUGAAAUAACUAAAGGUUUAAAUUUGCCUUCAUCAAUCACAAGUGCUGCAUUUACAUUAAGAACACAAUAUAUGAAAUAUUUAUACCCAUAUGAAUGUGAAACACUUGGAUUAAGUUCACCAAAUGAAUUACAAGCUGCAAUUGAUGGUAAUCGACGUGAAGCUAGACGUAGUUCUUAUACAUUUGAUUAUCCUAUAAUGAAUCCACCAAAUACAUCACGUUCUACUUCACCAGUCAGUACGACGACGACAGGAAAUCUACAAACAACAACAAUAACAACGACUACCACUCCUAAUACGAUGACAACAUCGAAUACCAUGCCAAAUUCACCAUCUCCAUUAGGUGUAAAUCCUUCAUUAUCUAAUUCCAUUGUAUAUCCUAAUUCAUUAGGAUUUCCUAAUGGGACUCAUUCUGAUGUAAAUCAAUUAUUAUCCAAUAUUCCAACAGGUUCAACAUCAUUUUGUACGAAUAAUUUAGGAUUUAAUACCCAAUUUGGGCAAUUUAAUCCAUUUCUUACUAUACCAACAGGAUCAUUACCUACAGAUGGAUUAGGACUUCAACCAUCAUCUACAAUCUCAUCAUCUACAACAGCGUCAGCAACAGUUCCUUCCAAUCAAAUGGGGAAUAAUCCAGUGAAUUUAUUCCCACCACAUUUAUUACCAUCAAUGGUAUCUGGUCCAAAUUUUUCCAUAAUUGGAUCACAUUUUCAAGGUUUCAAUACAUCAUUAAAUAAUUCCGAUGAUCCAUUCAUAACGUCUUCAUCAUCAUCAUCUAUACAACCAGGAACUAUUUUACCUGGUAUACCAAAUAAUUUUACUGAUCCUAAUGCUAUGGCAGCAGCAGCUGCAGCAGCGGCAACGUUGUUUGGUGCAGGAUUUCCUACACUACCUGGAGCUUUUACAGCUACACCACCAUCGUUGCCACUGUCAUUACAAACAACGAUAUCAAUAAAUACACCAUCAUUAACAACUACAGCGACGACAUUAAACAAUUCAUAUCUUGUAAAUAAUUCAUCAUUAAUUAACCAAUCAGAUGGAUGUCUUAAAUUUCCCAUAUUAAGUAAUAUGCGAAAUCAAGCGAAUCAUUCAAAUCCCAAUAAUGUAUUGAUCGAUACAAAUGAAAGUAAUACAUCUAGUGGGUUGAGGUCCAAGAAUAAAUUAACCCUACAUGAUAAUGAUGAUUGUCAAUUCACUUCAAGUUUACCAUUAAAUUUAACAGCAAAUGAAACUAACCUAAUCAAUUUAGAUGAGAAAGGUACUUCAUACAUAGAUAGUGAUCCCAGAUCCUCACUUAUGCCGUUAGAUCAUGAAAAGUUGAAUAGUAAAUUACAAUAUUAUAAUAAUGAUGAAAAUGAAUUAAUUGCUUUGCACUCCGAUGAACGAUUUAUUCAAAAAGAUGAAUUAAAAUGUAAAUCGAAUCCACCAGUAGAAGUGAAUAAACGUGAACUAACUGGAACAAAUAAUACUAUUAAUAAUAGUAGCAGAUUACAACAAACAAACUUCGCUUUCGAAAGUGAAGAUUCAAAUAUUAAAACAGCUGCACAGGUGGCAUGUCAACAGUUAUGGGCUGCUGCCGCUGCCGCGGCUGCUGGUUUACAGUGUGGUGGCAUAAAAACGCCCGAAACAAACAAUUACGGAGUAUUAACAGGAAAUUUGAAUGGACCGCUAAAAUCUAGUCACUUAUCUCAAGUUGAAAGUUCCAGUAACAUUGCCACUACUACUAGUAAUAAUAACAGUAACAAUAACAAACAAAUACAACAGUUGUCAUGCUCCAAGUCAUCAUCUUAUUCUUCAAGCAAAAAGAGCAAUUCUCGUGCACCAAGUCAUUUAGAUACACCAAACGCCAAAAUCCCGAAACUAUCAUCUAGUAAUCAAAUGAAUAGUAGUGGUGGGAACAGUUCCAGUGAAGUCGGUGGGAAACAAUGUAAUACUGGAUCAAAUUUAUCGAAAAAGUCGUCUGAUUUACGCAAACAAAAUGAAGCUAUUACAAUGUCAGCAAAUCUCCAUUUUAAUAAUAACAAUGCAUCAACAGGAGUAAAUAAUAGUUUAUCAGCUGCUCAGUUGUCAAUGGCAACACAGAAUUUCCGAAUUCAAACACAACCUGGUGCUCCAAUGGGACUACCACAGAAUGCUAUUGUUGUUACAAUGGAAAUGGGGAAUAUAUUAUAUCAAGGAGUAUUAUUUGGACAAUUAAAACGAUAAUUUGUGAUAGGCAUUAGAAUUCAUUCAAUUCCCUGUACUGUACUGUUUUUAUUUUCUUUUCUUUUUUUAAAUAAUCUUUCUUCUAUUGCCUCCCUACCCUCUUCCCUAAUUGAUCCUUUACUACUUCUAAUUACUAUCCCGUAUGAAAUCAAGUUGAAAGAAUCAAAAGUUAAAACCAACAAUCAACAUCAUCGAUAAUAAUGAAAAUACACAAAC